AUGGAUUUUGGGAGCUCCGACGUUAGCUUAUGGAAAGACUCCCUCUCUGCUUACCCGACCCGAAUACAAUCGCUAAACAAACCAAACUUGGUUUCUCUGGACGAAUUUUACCGAAUCGAACUCCCUUCUCUCAUUCACCAACGAAACCCUAACCCACACAUCACCACUUCCGAGCUCUCCAAGCUCAUGCAAUGGAAACUCUCCCGUGGAAAAUGGAGGCCGCGUUUGCUGGAUUUUGUGUCGUCGUUGGAAGAAUCGCAAGUGAAAUCGGCUUCUCAAAAGGCAUUUGAAUCGCUUCCUGAUGUAUCGAAAUCUGUUUCUGCGCUUACGGUUUUAAAAGGUGUUGGCCCGGCAACUGCUUCUGCCGUUUUGGCUGCUUAUGCGCCUGAUGUGGCACCUUUCAUGUCUGAUGAGGCUAUGGAGGCAGCUCUUGGGAACUCUAAAGAUUAUACACUUAAGCAGUAUCUAUUGUUUGCUGAUAAACUGCAGACAAAAUCCAAGGAAUUAAGUUCAGAGGGGGACACCUUUACACCAUCAGACAUUGAAAGGGCCCUGUGGAGUUCUGCUAUAGGGGCCAAGUUGCUAGCUUUGCAUUCUAAUCCAGACUCCAAGAAGGCUAACACGGCCAGAGACAUCAAGAGAAAGAGAAAACGUUGA